GCACAGCGGCUCGUAGCUCAGGUUUACUCAGACGUCAGGCCGGCCGCCUUUCUUCCACGCACGGGCACGUAGAAGAACCGAAGCUCUGCCCCACUGCGCCCUUCCCCGGGAGUCAGUCAGCCCCACUGCACCGGGCGGGGGUGACUGCUGAGGAAAGACUCGCCGGACAGGGCGCGCUCGUUUGGGCACUCGGGUCCACCGCAAUCGGUUUCGCUUCUUUGGAAGUCAGCGGCUCGCUCCGCCUCCCCGGGGGGACGGACUUGCUUCUUUUCCGGACGCCUGGGCAGGGCGGCGAUAGGCGGUAGCGGCGCGGGAAAGCAAGGCUGGUUGCCGAUGGCUGCGGGGGAUCGCUCUCCGGUGCGGCUGGCGCUGGGCUCGCUGCAGGGCUCGGAGGCAUCGCACGAGCGGCUGCAUCUCCUGCCCUGCGUCGUCCAGCACGACGGCGGCGCUCCAGUCCAGCGCUACUUCGCGCCGGCCAUUCGUGGCCCGCAGCAGCCGGAGCCGGGCGACGAGUCAACUGUGUCUUUCCGUGGCCGGAUGCUAAAGGGGAAACAAGUCCUUGUUCCCAAGGGUUACUUGGGACUGGUACUAGAGGAAGUGGCUCCUUACUUGUCAUCAGAGGAGCGGAAUGUGCAGGUGAAGUCUGCCUUUGAGUCAGUGUCUGUGUGGAACCUGGAACGGGCACCAAAUGAGAGUGAUGAGAUCCUCAUGGCCUUCAGCUGGCCAAAGAUUGCAGAGAGUAUCCAUGCCCCUGUGGCGGAUGAAGAAUAAGGUGGACAACUUGCUACACAUAUAGUGCUGUGGAAGAUGCACAGGAUUUUGGGUUGUUCAGAUUGCUGGGGACGGAGGAGCCCAGCAGAAAUUGGAUGAGACAGCUGCUCAACGCUCAUCAGUCUGACUUUUCCCCCUGGAUGGACUGUUAUGCAGAAUUUGGCUUUCUUAUUGGCCUCUGAUAGUUUUAAAGCUUUCCUUUUUGGGGGGGGGGGGUUGGAUUCUGAAUACACACAACAUCAGGCUGAUGCCUUUGGGAGCAGAAGGGAUUCUGACUAAACUGACAAAUCUGUCUGUACGACAGCUGUUACAGUUGCUGCCUGUUCACAGAAAUACAUUUCUCGAAGACAGCUAUGACAGACUCGUUAUAAGCCACUUUAGCUUAAUCUGUGGUGUACACUGAGCUGUCUCUGGUUAUGGUCUGAAAUGCUUACAUGAACAUAUUUUGUAUUAA